AUGCACGCCAACAUCAACUACGAACGGUAUCUCGCCGAACGGGACGAAGCUGACGACGACCUUAAGUCUUGGAAGCAGCAGUUCUUCGCCACGUCCACCAAGAACAACUGGAUGCCCGACUUUUCGGAGGAACGCAGCUUGGACGACAUUGACGAAGACCUGCGCCAGCGCAUCUUCAUGAGCAAGCAGGACGUUCUCGAGGCACAGGCUUCCAACCCGAACGCCAACUUCUCCAUCAUGACGCCGUUCUCGGCACUCACCAAGGAGGAGUUCGCCUCCAAGGUCCUCAACUCGUACCGUUCUCUUCGACAGCAGCAAGAAGCUUACACGUUCACGAGCAUGCAGGACAUGAUCAAUGCACUCAUGAAGAGUCUGCAGCAGCAAAUGGGCGGCACGUGGACGAUCGGCACGCCGCAGACUCGUGCUCCUGUCGUUGAGCCUGUCGUAAAGAAGCCUUCGACUCCUGUCCGUACGGAGAAGGCUACGCUCAGUACGGCCAACUCGGUUGAUUGGUCGGCGUCUCCGUGCAUGUCUCCCGUCCAAAGCCAAGGCCAAUGCGGUUCCUGCUGGGCGUUCGCCUCUGUGGCUGCCGUCGAGUCCUUGCAGUGCAUCAAGGGCAGUCGAUCGGGGGUCAACAAGUACUCGGAGCAGCAACUGGUCGGCUGCGAUAGGCAGAACAUGGGCUGUGGGGGUGGUGCCCCCGUGUACGCGUUCGAGUACAUCCAGCAGAACGGCCUCUGUGCGGAGAGUGCGUACCCCUACGUUUCGAGCAACGGUAACUCACCGUCGUGUAGUGCGAGCUGCGCCAAGAGCAAGACCGGCAUCACCGGCUACGAGCACCUCAAAGAUGGCGACGAAGCCGGCCUCAUUGAAGCGCUCAAGUCGCAGCCCGUUGUUACGGCAGUCGCUUCCGGCAACGCAGCCUGGAAACAGUACACGGGCGGCAUCAUGUCGAGCUGCCAAACAACGGACCUGGACCAUGCCGUCCUUAUUGUCGGCUACGACGACACGAGUUUCAAGGUCCGGAACUCGUGGGGUGCUGACUGGGGCGAGGCCGGGUAUGUUCGGAUGGCUCGGAGCUCGUCCGGCACCGGCACCUGCGGCAUGCUCACGGAUAUGUCGCGCCCCAAGAUGUAA